AUGAACCACAAAUCAAGCAUUUGCAUUGGUAUAAGCUUCGGUAACCAGGCUUGUAACAGGAUAACAUACAAUGAUUUCCACACUUCCAGGCCGGCGCUUCGACCGCCGCUUGCUGCUUGGACAGAGAUAGGUCUUGACCGUCGUACCGAUCUCGUUCGUCUCCUUGACGAUCAACUCUGGUGCCGUGGCUGGAGCCAUCCAAACGGAACCGCAGCCUACCAGGCCGCCGGUGAUUGGAGUCUUACUUAUGAGCAAGGUCAAGAGAAAAAGCUGGUUUCCAGGGAUGAGACGAAAGCUUCUGCUCGAGCGUGGCUGAAGGGGGUUGCGUUGAAGUUGGGCGGCUGCAUAUUGGUCGAGCAGGCCGAUAUUUCGCCAGCCAAGGGAGCGAACUCAGUCGAGCGCCGGGGAGUUUCUACAGGACAUCACGCUCCAGGAGUUGCCACAAGGACCAAACCGGCCCCGUCUGGUUGUCUCUAG